UAUCACUUUCUCAAGUCACUCAUGAAAGAGGAAACAGUUAAUUAGACCAGAAAAAGUGUAGUCCUUUUAAAAGCAUCAAAAUGAAAGCUGCAGCCAUCUAUUUGGCGUGCACAAUUACAGUCGCACUUGGAAGAAAUAUCCAGUUAAAUGUCAAUAGAUGUCCAGAAGAUUACACAAUCGAACAACUGUACCCUCAUGAAGAAUGCCAUAAGUUUUACCAAUGUUUCCACGGAGACCUUGUAGUACAUCAGUGCGCAGCCAAUCUUUACUUUAGCAUUGAAAAGCAGCAGUGUGAUUUCGCUUCUACGGUAAAUUGUGGGGACAGAAUCAUACCAAAGCCAGACGAAGACGACGAAAAUCAGCCAGAUGAAGACAUUGGUGAUGAUGAAAACACCAUUUGCAACUGCAACCCCUCUGAAGCUCCAUCUAUUUGCGCUAAAGAUGGUUCGGACGGAACCUUGAUUGCCCACGAAAAUUGUAACAAAUUUUACGAAUGUGCCCACGGCUUACCAAUUACCCAGCUGUGUCCCGGAAAACUUAUGUACAACCCGUACGAAGAGAUCUGUGACUGGCCUGAGAAUGUUGACUGUGGAGACAGAGUGAUAUCUUGUCCAGAAGAUGAGGAUGAUGAUGGCGGAAAUGGCAGUGAAAAUGAAGGCGGAGACGGUGGUGAUGGAGGAAAUGACAGUGAAAAUGAAGGCGGACACGGUGGCGAUGGAGGUAACGGUGGAGGCGGUGAUGGCGGUCAAGGAAACUGCAACUGCAACCCCUCUGAAGCUCCGUCUAUUUGCGCUAAAGAUGGGUCGGACGGCACUUUGGUUGCCCACGAAAAUUGCAACAAAUUCUACAAAUGUGCUCACGGCCUACCAGUAACCCAGCUGUGUCCCGGAAAACUUAUGUACAACCCAUACAAAGAGUACUGUGACUGGCCUGAAAAUGUUGAGUGUGGAGACAGAGUCAUAUCUUGUCCAGAAGAUGAGGGUGAUAAUGGCGGAAAUGGCAGUGAAAACGAAGGUGGAGACGGUGGUGAUGGAGGAAAUGACAGUGAAAGUGAAGGCGGAGACGGUGGCGAUGGAGGUAAUGGUGGAGGUAGUGAUGGCGAUCAAGGAAACUGCAACUGCAACCCCUCUGAAGCUCCGUCUAUUUGCGCUAAAGAUGGGUCGGACGGCACUUUGGUUGCCCACGAAAAUUGCAACAAAUUCUACAAAUGUGCUCACGGCCUACCAGUAACCCAGCGGUGUCCCGGAAAACUUAUGUACAACCCGUACAAAGAGUACUGUGACUGGCCUGAAAAUGUUGAGUGUGGAGAUAGAGUCAUAUCUUGUCCAGAAGAUGAGGGUGAUAAUGGCGGAAAUGGCAGUGAAAACGAAGGCGGAGACGGUGGCGAUGGAGGAAAUGACAGUGAAAAUGAAGGUGGAGACGGUGGCGAUGGAGGUAACGGUGGAGGCGGUGAUGGCGGUCAAGGAAACUGCAACUGCAACCCCUCUGAAGCUCCGUCUAUUUGCGCUAAAGAUGGGUCGGACGGCACUUUGGUUGCCCACGAAAAUUGCAACAAAUUCUACAAAUGUGCUCACGGCCUACCAGUAACCCAGCUGUGUCCCGGAAAACUUAUGUACAACCCAUACAAAGAGUACUGUGACUGGCCUGAAAAUGUUGAGUGUGGAGACAGAGUCAUAUCUUGUCCAGAAGAUGAGGGUGAUAAUGGCGGAAAUGGCAGUGAAAACGAAGGUGGAGACGGUGGUGAUGGAGGAAAUGACAGUGAAAAUGAAGGUGGAGACGGUGGCGAUGGAGGUAGUGAUGGCGAUCAAGGAAACUGCAACUGCAACCCCUCUGAAGCUCCGUCUAUUUGCGCUAAAGAUGGGUCGGACGGCACUUUGGUUGCCCACGAAAAUUGCAACAAAUUCUACAAAUGUGCUCACGGCCUACCAGUAACCCAGCUGUGUCCCGGAAAACUUAUGUACAACCCAUACAAAGAGUACUGUGACUGGCCUGAAAAUGUUGAGUGUGGAGACAGAGUCAUAUCUUGUCCAGAAGAUGAGGGUGAUAAUGGCGGAAAUGGCAGUGAAAACGAAGGCGGAAACGGUGGCGAUGGAGGAAAUGACAGUGAAAAUGAAGGUGGAGACGGUGGCGAUGGAGGUAACGGUGGAGGCGGUGAUGGCGGUCAAGGAAACUGCAACUGCAACCCCUCUGAAGCUCCGUCUAUUUGCGCUAAAGAUGGGUCGGACGGCACUUUGGUUGCCCACGAAAAUUGCAACAAAUUCUACAAAUGUGCUCACGGCCUACCAGUAACCCAGCUGUGUCCCGGAAAACUUAUGUACAACCCAUACAAAGAGUACUGUGACUGGCCUGAAAAUGUUGAGUGUGGAGACAGAGUCAUAUCUUGUCCAGAAGAUGAGGGUGAUAAUGGCGGAAAUGGCAGUGAAAACGAAGGUGGAGACGGUGGUGAUGGAGGAAAUGACAGUGAAAGUGAAGGCGGAGACGGUGGCGAUGGAGGUAAUGGUGGAGGUAGUGAUGGCGAUCAAGGAAACUGCAACUGCAACCCCUCUGAAGCUCCGUCUAUUUGCGCUAAAGAUGGGUCGGACGGCACUUUGGUUGCCCACGAAAAUUGCAACAAAUUCUACAAAUGUGCUCACGGCCUACCAGUAACCCAGCGGUGUCCCGGAAAACUUAUGUACAACCCGUACAAAGAGUACUGUGACUGGCCUGAAAAUGUUGAGUGUGGAGAUAGAGUCAUAUCUUGUCCAGAAGAUGAGGGUGAUAAUGGCGGAAAUGGCAGUGAAAACGAAGGCGGAGACGGUGGCGAUGGAGGAAAUGACAGUGAAAAUGAAGGUGGAGACGGUGGCGAUGGAGGUAACGGUGGAGGCGGUGAUGGCGGUCAAGGAAACUGCAACUGCAACCCCUCUGAAGCUCCGUCUAUUUGCGCUAAAGAUGGGUCGGACGGCACUUUGGUUGCCCACGAAAAUUGCAACAAAUUCUACAAAUGUGCUCACGGCCUACCAGUAACCCAGCUGUGUCCCGGAAAACUUAUGUACAACCCAUACAAAGAGUACUGUGACUGGCCUGAAAAUGUUGAGUGUGGAGACAGAGUCAUAUCUUGUCCAGAAGAUGAGGGUGAUAAUGGCGGAAAUGGCAGUGAAAACGAAGGUGGAGACGGUGGUGAUGGAGGAAAUGACAGUGAAAAUGAAGGUGGAGACGGUGGCGAUGGAGGUAGUGAUGGCGAUCAAGGAAACUGCAACUGCAACCCCUCUGAAGCUCCGUCUAUUUGCGCUAAAGAUGGGUCGGACGGCACUUUGGUUGCCCACGAAAAUUGCAACAAAUUCUACAAAUGUGCUCACGGCCUACCAGUAACCCAGCGGUGUCCCGGAAAACUUAUGUACAACCCGUACAAAGAGUACUGUGACUGGCCUGAAAAUGUUGAGUGUGGAGAUAGAGUCAUAUCUUGUCCAGAAGAUGAGGGUGAUAAUGGCGGAAAUGGCAGUGAAAACGAAGGCGGAGACGGUGGCGAUGGAGGAAAUGACAGUGAAAAUGAAGGUGGAGACGGUGGCGAUGGAGGUAACGGUGGAGGCGGUGAUGGCGGUCAAGGAAACUGCAACUGCAACCCCUCUGAAGCUCCGUCUAUUUGCGCUAAAGAUGGGUCGGACGGCACUUUGGUUGCCCACGAAAAUUGCAACAAAUUCUACAAAUGUGCUCACGGCCUACCAGUAACCCAGCUGUGUCCCGGAAAACUUAUGUACAACCCAUACAAAGAGUACUGUGACUGGCCUGAAAAUGUUGAGUGUGGAGACAGAGUCAUAUCUUGUCCAGAAGAUGAGGGUGAUAAUGGCGGAAAUGGCAGUGAAAACGAAGGUGGAGACGGUGGUGAUGGAGGAAAUGACAGUGAAAAUGAAGGUGGAGACGGUGGCGAUGGAGGUAGUGAUGGCGAUCAAGGAAACUGCAACUGCAACCCCUCUGAAGCUCCGUCUAUUUGCGCUAAAGAUGGGUCGGACGGCACUUUGGUUGCCCACGAAAAUUGCAACAAAUUCUUCAAAUGUGCUCACGGCCUACCAGUAACCCAGCGGUGUCCCGGAAAACUUAUGUACAACCCGUACAAAGAGUACUGUGACUGGCCUGAAAAUGUUGUGUGUGGAGACAGAGUCAUAUCUUGUCCAGAAGAUGAGGGUGAUAAUGGCGGAAAUGGCAGUGAAAACGAAGGCGGAGACGGUGGCGAUGGAGGAAAUGACAGUGAAAAUGAAGGUGGAGACGGUGGCGAUGGAGGUAACGGUGGAGGCGGUGAUGGCGGUCAAGGAAACUGCAACUGCAACCCCUCUGAAGCUCCGUCUAUUUGCGCUAAAGAUGGGUCGGACGGCACUUUGGUUGCCCACGAAAAUUGCAACAAAUUCUACAAAUGUGCUCACGGCCUACCAGUAACCCAGCUGUGUCCCGGAAAACUUAUGUACAACCCAUACAAAGAGUACUGUGACUGGCCUGAGAAUGUUGAGUGUGGAGACAGAGUCAUAUCUUGUCCAGAAGAUGAGGGUGAUGAUGGUGAAAAUGACAGUGAAAACGAAGGCGGAGACGGUGGCGAUGGAGAAAACGGUGGAGGAGAUGGCAGUGACAGUAAUGUUGAUUAUGACCCAGAAGAAGCUCCUGAAAAGUGUGCAGAAAACAAUUCUGAGGGAUAUCUAUUAGUUCAUGAAUUCUGUAAUCAAUUUUAUAAAUGUUCUUAUGGCCGACCCGUACCAUAUAUCUGUCCUGGUAAUUUAAUGUACAGCGCCAGCAAGAAGGUUUGCGACUACCCUGAGAAUGUUAAAUGUGGCAACAGAAUCGUAACAAGAUCAUAAUCAGUUCACAAUUUCUUGCUCUUAAACAAACAUUUGCCAUGUUAAAUUAAUAUUCUAUUUAUUUCUGUAUUCUCUUUUCAAAAUGUUAUAAUAAAAUUUUAUAUUAUAAAA